AUGUGGACAAGCCCUAAGUUCGAGUCACGUGGAAUGAGUGCAAUCGCUGUCGAAAAGCAUGAAAGACCAGAGCUAGCUAAACAUGAUAGUUCUAUACUAGAUUUGGUUUUUGUCCUGGACUGUACAGGAUCAAUGGGCUCUUAUAUCGAUAGCGCCACACAGAAUAUCCGAUCAAUCGUUGAAGAAAUUGUUAUUAGUGAAAAAUCAGAUAUAAAACUGGCUUUAGUUGAAUACCGUGAUCAUCCACCUCAAGAUCAUACAUUUGUAACACGUGCUCACGAUUUUACAGCAAGUGUGAAACAAAUGAAAGGCUGGUUAGAAGAUUGUACAGCAGUAGGUGGUGGAGACGCUCCGGAAGCAGUUGCCGAUGCUAUGCAUGAUGUAUUAAAACUUUCAUGGAGAGCCGAGGCAACAAAAAUCUGUAUUUUAAUCACAGAUGCACCGCCACAUGGAUUAGAUCCAAGUGGCGAUAGUUUUCCGAAUGGUUGUCCAAAUGGCCUAGACCCGAUUAAAAUAGCUCGAGAAAUGGCCGAGAAACACAUUACAUUGUAUACAGUUGGUGUUGAACCGCCCAUUGUACCUUCCCAAGCGUCAAAAAAAAAUCUUGUAUCGCCCGAUUCAUCUAGACUACCAGAUUUUUACUCGACUGCAACUACUGUGUAA